UUAGACAAUUAUUAAGAUAGUUUUCUGUCGACUUUUAUUGAAUUGAGUUCGUUUUGUUUUAUUUUAAAGGUACACCUAAACGGCUUUCCGAUCCAGACAACAUUAUUUGUUCUGUACAAGAACGGUGGCUAGAGGCCUCAAUCAGCCAUUUUUGUGGAGGAUUCUUUGCCUUUAUUCAGAACUGGCGAUUUCGGAAGGGCAUAUUGCUGUCAUGCAUGUCGUUUCUUCCCAGACUCAUGCCUCCCUCCAGAAUACCAGUCCUGGAGGUUCGUUUCGUAAAGAAGCCACAUGAACGAAAAUGGAAAGAUGUCCAUGACAUAGAUGAUCACCGUUUCCAACAUGUGAAGGGCGAUGACGAUGAUAUUGUGUUUCGGAGGAGAACACUAAAAGUCGCUUACCAGCUGGGUGAGAAGAGAUCCAAAACACAGGUCAUUCAGUUCAGUGAAAUGAAGAAGCAUCCGAAAGUGACAAGGUACUUUGAUCUCGAUCUAACCGAGGAGAGUGAUGAGACAUUAGUGACACUUGAAGUGAUUCUAACCUCCACAAAGACGAUCAAAUUCAACACAAAUUUCCAAGGACUAGAUUUCCUCGAAGCAGCGCAUGCGCAAGGGCCCUCAGGAGGACAGACCAUGACACAGGAGCCUACAUCAACCACUAACCAACCUCUUCUAGAUGACAGGUCCUCCAAGAACCAAGGCAAUUUGGCGAGUGGAGUUGGCAAGAAAAUCCAGUGGGAUCUUUUGACAGACAGUCCUCAAGAACUUACCCUUCAAGAUAAUGAAGUAGUAAUAUCAUGCGGCGUCAGAUUUACGACUUCUGGAGCCAAGCUCAGCGAAACCUUUAAGGUCACAUUGGAUCAUAAUGCACAUUUCACCAAUCCAAGACGUGCAGAGAUCGUCUUCUACACCCGCAACAAAGACUCAACGACUUUUGUGCGAAUUCCCGCAUCCACGGACGGUUGUCCGGCACGUUGUGACGUCAGAUCAAAGGACUUGGAUCUCUACGUAGAUCAUUUCAGUGAUUGGUGGAUUGUUGCCGUAUUCACUCGGUACUUCAUCGGAAAGAGGGUCAGGUGCACGCCAUAUAUACGACCACCUGUCACGAAAGGGUUGACGCACUUACUGCUACUUUGCAUAUAUGACGAUCUCUUGGAUGUUAAUAAGAAAAUAAACGAAGAAAUGAAGGAGUACAGAAAGCUCUAUCCGCCCCAGCCAAUGUUCGUAGAAUGGAGGUCUGGUGACAUCAAUAUCGAGUUGUUCGAUGGCUCAAAGGAAAAUAAGGAGAACAUUGACAAACAGAUAGUAGGUGAAAGGGAUAUGUACCUCUUUGAAAGUAAACAAUUCUCCUUUGAAGUGAAGCCACUCGAGUCGGGGACAAGCCAAAGGUUCCUCGAAUUUACCUUGGAUCAAAGAAAGUCUUCUUCUUACCCUACCCUGAUUCGUUUCGACUUGAAAUAUGAUGCAACAACAAACGUGGACAUGACAACAGCAGCAGGAGCAGCAUCCUGUACCAUGGAUGCAGGAUCACAAUCAGCAGGGGUGUCGACGCUAUCAGGUCCAUCGGAUGAACAGAAAGUGACAGAUGCUAAUAUCCUGAAACUAGCAAGGCUUUUACCACCUAAUCUGUGGAGCCCUCUUUACGUUGCUCUUCGCAUCGAUUACAGCAUCGCUAAAGGUAUCAGAGAGAAUUCUAGAGAGAUAAAUGAGCAGUACAUAGACCUCCUUCAAAUAUGGAAAUCUGCAUCAACUCGGACUAGAAAGGAUUUAAAUGCGAUCCUCAUCAAGGCAGAAGCAGGAGGAUUUGUAAACAAGUAUUUGGAUUCGGUGUAAAACCAGAAAGAGAGAUUAAGAUAGAGUAAGAGAGAGAGGGAAAGAGAGAGAGAGA